ACGACCUUGACCGAGAAGAAAAACAAAACUUGUUUUUGUGUGACAGCGCUUGAAAUAUGGCAUCAAAGCUCGUUGGUGCUACUGUUAGAGCUGUAGCAAGAAAACGAACGAUGAUCCCGACAAAAGCUCCUUUAGUUUUGACGCAGUCUGCUGUAGCAAAAGUCAAGGAGUUAAUGCAUCAGAAGCCUGAAACGAUGUGUCUGAAGAUUGGAGUAAAGACACGGGGGUGUAAUGGCCUUACCUAUACCCUUGAUUACUGCGAUAAGACAGGAAAGUUUGAUGAAGUAGUCGAACAAGAAGGAGCAAAAAUUGUGAUCGAUGCCAAAGCACAGUUGACUUUGUUAGGCACAGAGAUGGACUAUGUAGAAGAUAAGCUUGCAGCUGAGUUUGUAUUCAAUAAUCCAAAUAUAAAAGGAACAUGUGGUUGUGGAGAAAGUUUUAAUGUUUGAUGGAACCUAAACGGAUAGAUAUGUGUAAUUUACUACUUGUCCAUGUGAUAGGAAGAGAUUUGGACUUAAAUGUCCCUAGUGUGCCACAGUUAAAUGUGUGAUUUCCAUAACCAUCAGUGAAGAAGAUAUUGCAUGAAAAGAGCAAGUGCUUCAAUGACUUUGACUGUAGUUGCAUUUGUUGUGUUAUAAUUUACUUGUUUAGAAGAAUUUCAUCGCCCAAAGAUUUGUCAUUUUCAUUUUUUUUAAAGUUUAAAGAUUAAAUCACUUGCAGAAAACUUAAGUUUAUUUACAUGUGGAACACAAGCCAUUGUUUCAUAAUUGAAAUUUUAUGUGCUCAUUAUUGAUAUGACAGGAUUUUUAUGGGAACAUGUGUGGCAGGCAGUGUCAGGGAGAUGGGUGCUAGGUGUCCUCUUUCUUACAUUUGCAAAUGAACACCAAUCAUUACUAGAUUUGGUUACCACUUGUAAUGGUAAACUCUUGGUUAAGUUUGAUAACAAGCUGGAAAGUGCCAGUCACUCCAUUGUUAUGGCCCUUGAAUUAUUAAGGCAUUUACCAAACUUGGUCAACAUGUUAAUGGUCAUACUUUUUCAGACUAUUUCCAUGACUAGUUGGAAAGUCCUAAUCAUUAUGGCUGUGAAAUGACAAAAAAUUAAAGAAUUGACAGUGCCCACUUACUAUCAUUGGCAAACAUUCAUCCAAUACUGGUGUUGUGAGGAAAAAUAGUUCGGACAAAUUUGAUAACUACCUGGAAGUCCAACUUGCAACAUAGGUAUGGCAGUUGAAUUAUGUCUCCCCCAUGGAGAUUGUUUUUGCUCAAAUUGUCUAUAUGUCUGGGCCAACAUUAAAUGGGGGGGGAGUAGGGGCUGUAUCCAUUGGUUAUUCUAUUGUAAAACCAAAAAAAACUAAAUGUUUUAGGGGCCUUUUUAAAGAAGGAAAAACCACUUAAACCAGAAAUGUUAGUGUGUUUGUCUUUCUGUCACAAAUUGUGUCUGCUCCAUAUCUCUUGAGCUGGUUGAAGGAUUUCAAAACUACCCACAAAUGUUCACGGUACUGAGAUGAUGUAUAGAGCGCAUGUUACAACUCAAACUCAAGGUCACAUUUAGAGGUCAAAGGUCAUAUGGCUACAUUUUGUGUCUGCUCCAUAUGUCUUGAACCUUUUGAAGGAUUUUGAAAUAACUCGCCACAAAUGUCCACCAUAUUGAGACAAUGUCUUGCGCAAACUACAACCAGCUCAGUUCAAGGUCAAGGUCACAUGACUACAUUUCAUGUCGGCUCCAUAUCUCUUGAACUGCUGAAAGGAUUUUGAGGUAACUCGCCCAAUGUUCACCAUAUUAAGACAAUCUAUAGAGCGCAUGUUACAACGAGCUUGGCUCAAGGUUACACUUUAGAGGUCAAAGGUCAUUUGACUACAUUUUGUGUCCACUCUUUAUUUCUUGAACCUCUUGAAGGAUUUGAAAUAAUUUGCCAUAAAUGUUGAUCAUAUUGAGGCUAAGUGCAGGGGAGUAGACAUCAAUUUAUUAUUACAAAAAAAACACACUUCUAGUUGUUGUUGUUUUUGGAUAAAAUUGGCAGUGGCUGCUGUUUUACUUGGGCUAAUGUUCACCAAUCAUCUUGGUCACUUUAUUUAUCAAAAACAUCUUGGCCACGUUUGAAAAUUCUUCCAAAUCCCUGUCAGCCAAUUGACAAAAAAUUACGGAAACAUUGUUAGACUUAGUCACAAUGUUUAUGGGCAAAAUAUUUCGGAUUAUUUUGGAAACUAGUCAGAAUGUCCCAGAAAGAACACAAUUAUGGCCCUUGAAUUGAUUUAAAGUUACAGACUGCACAGUGUCUCUCACUUUUGCAGAUGUAUGCCAAUCAUCAAAAUUGGUCAAAAUGUUUAGGUUCUAAAUAUCUUGAACAAAGUUUGUAACAAGCAAUAAUGUCCCAAUCUUAAUCAGAAUGGACAGUUUCCCCUCUCUGACUAUGGUAUAUGUACACCAACCACCACCAAACUUGGUCACAAUAUUUAUUCUCAAAAUAUCUCUUACCAAGUUAAAUAACUAGCCAUAAGGUUAUACUGCAGCACCUGGACAAGGAGGGAACCCAAACCAAUCACUAGGCCACGGACAGCCAGUAGUGAAUAGACUAUACAGUAAAAGAUGUCCUAACAGUGGGAUGGACGUAUUUUGCAAUUGUUAGCACUCUUGUUCAUAUUAUAUGAUAGGUUACUUCAUGUAGAACAUAUCAGAUGUCUUCAACUCUGACAAUAAAAAUGUCACUGCUUUUAAACUUGACCUAUUUAUCAAUAAGUUUUGAAGAAACCCUUUUGAUGCACAAAAACAUGCAACAUAUGAACAUGGCUGUCUUAUUCAUUAGCAGCAAGGGUAGGGGCAAAGCUGUUAGCUCAUCAUUUUAGCAUGGGCCACCAGCUGUAUACCAUUUUAUUAAAAACCUGAGUCAUAUUCACUUGAAAAUAAAUAACUACACUAUGGACAAAGUAUAGGGACACUUUACAGUCGCCACACACAAGCUGUAGUGAAAGAUAUAUAUCUAUAUGGGCUAUUUCAAAAAUAAUGGUUAGAAAAGUUGAAAAAUGGUCUAAAUUUAAAUCAUAAUUAAAUACAAGGCUGUAUGCCUAGUUUUGAUGAACAAUCUUUGUAGUGUACAAAAUAGGUUUAGAAUGGAGAAAACAACUCAUAUUAAUAUUUUUUUCAAACUUUUAAUAAACUAAGCAUGGAAUAAAAACACCAAAUACAUGAACACCUUUAAUGUCAUUUUUUCUUGAAAUAACCUGAGUUAACUUGUCUCCCAAUUAUUAUUUUAGUAGCUCUAAUGUCAGCAUACAUUAAUAGAAUGUUGAACUUACUCAGUCGCUCCAAUUUUCUGAAAAAAUUGAUUUUUUGUACUUUUUUUACCAAUGAAAUGUGAUAUUCAAAUGCAUUUUUUUUUAUUUUCUAUUCAAAUUGUGCAAUUAAAUUUAAAAAAAAUACAUGUUUAUAGAAUUUAACCAAUAACAAGUAACAUUCACAAAAACAUCAUAGGAGGCAUUAUGAUUUCACUUCACAGAAGAAAAAUAAAAACAGGAACAAUAUUUUAAGAAAUUGUUACACUCCUGACAUAUGUAGAUUACAACCAUUAAAUAGAGUUCACUUAAAAUUUCUCAGUAUAAAUCAAAGGAAAUGCAAUUACAAAGUAUUUGAUAGCCAGUGAAACAUUAUAAAACAAAUUUAGCAAAAAAAUGGCAAAACUCAAUUGAAAUAACAGUUAAGUGCUACAACAGUAACACUUUAAUUUCAUUGAACUAAUGGUAUUCAAUGUAAGUAACUGAAUACAACUGUUCCGAAUUGUUAGACUCCUGACAUAAUAUUUCAAGUUCAAGUUACUAUGUAUCAACUUUCAAUUUUAACCCCAAACUGAGACAUAAGUGUUGGCAGUGAUGGUUUUCUUAGUAUAUCAUUCUUGGGAUGGCCAUGAUAUAUCAUCUGCAUUUGAUCAGGUGUACAUCCCAUUGAAGGUAGCUCACUGCAUAAAUCUGAUCUAAAUAUCUGAGCGAUCAUCCACUUUUAAGACAUGUUCAUUAGAAAGUCUUAUUUUACAACACGUACAUAAAAUAUCUGUCCUUUUAUAUAUGAUGAAUAAUAUACCCGGUAAUAAUAUAAAUUUAUUGCACAUCUAGUGUUGAAUAUUUAUUUUACCUUUGCUACGUAAAGAGACUUACACUAAAACAGUGGCACUAACGUGACACUUGAUAUAUAUUGUGGCCACAACUUAGUAAAUUGUGUCACCAACUUUGUAACUUGAGGCCACAACCUAGUACCUUAUAUGAGGCCCCAACUUAUUAAACCGUGGCAACAAUUUAGUAACUUGUGACCACAACUAAGUAACAACUAUUAAUUACUAUGUUGAGGCCACGAUUUAAUCAGUCAUGGCCACAACGAAGUUACUAAGUUGUGCCCUCAAGUUACUAAGUUGUGGCCACAAUAUCAAUAAAGUGAUGUCACCUCUGUGUCACUGUAGAGACUUCUUUCUGCAUUAACUGUCAAAUUAUCAGCCACAAAAUGAUCCGGUACAAAUUGAAAGAAAUGGCUCAUACAGAUUAUGAAUAUUAGUCUGCACCCCAAUUCUUACAGUCCCAGGUAUAGUGUCAAAAGGACAUUAUCAUACUGAUAUGUCAGACAGCUCUCUAUGGUCAGUGAAUUUGCCUGGGCUGCCUUUUUCGAUUCAUUUAUCUGCUGUUCUAGAGUUUUGGACUUAGUAAUUCACUAAUUGGCAUUUAGGUUACCUGGUACAUGACUUCCAUUUAUAUGCAAGGUGUCUUUUUUGUUGGGCAUUAUUCUGGAAUUGCUUUCAAGAGAAGAACUGUACAACUUAUCUUCCCAAACUGCUUUAUAUGCUAUGGUUUUGACAGUGUACUUUCAAUUGAGUAUCUUUCCUCUUCAUGUAUCUAUUUAGACAUGACUUUCUUCUGGCCUAACUAUUUUUCUUAUUAGCAGAUGCCAACUUACUUCCGACAUUUUUGUUCUCAUACUUUUGGAUGGCUUACUUUGCUUACUUCAAGGGUUUCCUGCACAACUUCAUGGUCAUCUUUGUCAACCACUUUGAUCGUCUGUGAGCCUUAAUCAAUAAAAGCUUUAUUGUUUUGGCCCAAGCUCUGGGGUUUUCUAAAAGAUUCUUCAUAAGACAGCUAUUUUUCUGAGUUUUGCUUGCUUCUCGUGUUUCCUGUGUUUUCUUAUUUCUUUUUCAUUUUUUAAAACUAAUUUUGAACAUUGUCAUUUUUAAGAGUUUCUCUGUAUUUCUUAUUAUUCUUUCCUCUGAUGUAGUUCUAGUGACUUUCUUCCUUGUAUUUAAACUUUUCUUGUUUCUUUGUGCCCCUUUAAAACCUGGAAGGCUUACAAUUAAUUUGUCGCUAUUUCUAUGAUAUUUCUUUUGUAAAAAAAAUAGUAUUCACACUCAUAACCAAUAUUUGGUCAGGAGUGUAACAUUGAAGGACAUGUCAACAGUCAUGCUGAAAAUUAAAGUCACAUAGUUUUAAAUGAAUUAAAUUAUAGAACAGGGUCAUCAGUUUGCCUCAUUGUAGCCAAAAAAUACCAUUUGUUGAUUGUCUGUCACUGUCUGAUUUUUCUAUUAGUUGCAUAGUAAUUAAGUUGCUUAAAAUUCAAACAUUUUUGAUAACAUUUAUAGGCAUUAAUGGUCUAAACAUGCCUUAUCUACAUCAUAUUGACAAAAUGUAUCCUUCACUUCUCAUUUGAAAUCUUAACAUAUGUACAAAUAUACUGCAAUACUUCUAAAAAUGAUGAUAUAAUAAUAUGCCAAAAAUUUGCAAAAAAAUGUUACACUCCUGACGGGCACGUAUCAUCUACAUGCUCAGUAACCAAUCACUAUCUUCACUUAUGAUCAUUUCUUAUUAUCACUCCAUGACAUACACUUCCAGGAAACACCCUUAUUAGUACAUUUUUAACUGUUCCCAAACACACUGUGUUUCAUUUUAUAUCAAAUGUUACACUCCUGACUUUUUUAGGUCAGCUUCUUUCUAAGAAAGCUAAACAACAGCAAGAGUAAUAACACACAAAAAAUAGUGUACCCAUGUAAUAAUGAUAUAUUAUCCUGAACUUUAAAUAAAAAAAUUGUAAGUUAUAUGAUAAUUCAUCCGAGCUAUACUUUAAAAAGAGCUUUUUUAAGGAAAAAAAAUGUGGAAAAAAUUCAAACACACAUUAUCAGUAUCAGUAAUAUUUCGUGCAUACAUAUUAGAAUAUUGCUUAAAUUUUUAUAUCACCUUGAGGUCAACAUAUGUGUUUUUUUGGUAAAUAUAGUUAUUACCUUGUCAUACGCCAAUGUUGUUUACAGUAAUGCUUUAAAUUGAGUGUAUUUUGUAAAGUGUCACGUUUUUUUGUUACACUCCUGACAAUUUUGGCAUGUUUUUUGUGCAUAACCUUUUUUCCGCUGAAGCUAAUUUAGUCAAACUUCCCAGACUUUUAGAUGACACAGAAAUACAAGAUAUGGGACAGAAGAAAUGUUGAUUAUUUGAAUAUUAUUCAUUUUAUUUAGAAAAUACUCAAACUAGCCAUUUUUUUUGAAAUAGCCCAUAUACAAUUCGUUCUGUGAUCAUGCAAAUGUACAUACUACAUGCAUAGUAUGAAAUAGCAGUAUUAAUAAUGCACCAGUCAAUUAUAACCACGGCCCCCCCAGGUCCGGGGGCAUACCAGGGAUAGCUGGGGAAAUGGGCCGUGUUUUUACUUUCCAGUGGGCCCCGCAGUACCGGGGUGACUGCGGUGGUUUUGUCUUCGCACCAAAUUUAGCGGAGAUUGGGCCUUAUAUAGAGUCCCUGGGGUGCGGGGGCAUUUGGCGGGGAUUUUACCAUCAGUUCGUCCCUGUAGGGAGGGGAUUUUAAAUCAAACUCCGCGCUAUUCCCCUGACCUGGGGGGGCAGUGGUUACAAUUGACUGGUGCAUUAGGAGUGUUGUUUUUGUUAACAAAUUCUGCUUGAUGUUUAGAAAAACAGUAAAUAUAAAGCAUCAAGUUAUGAGUACAAGUUCUUUAAGAAAAGAUUAUCUAAAGAUGACUUAACUACAUACUAAUUUAUUUUUUCUUUUAGUUUUUAUCUUUCAUCCAUACUUAAACACAUCCUGUGACUGUACACAGAACUUUGCACUAAGAAAGCCUGACUUCCUGUGCUUUAGUAUUCAUUUGCCUGGCUCAACAUUAUAAUCUGUAACAGUGAUGACUCAAAUUCAGCUGUUCAAGGUUCAUUUAAGGUUAUUAACGUUGGCUACUUUUGUUUCAAACGACUGUGUAUCUGUAUUGAUGUACUACAGUUUAGAUACACUUUUGUCAAUCCAAGUGUCCUCAUUACAUGUUACUUUUGAUAAGCAAUUGAUAUUACAUGUCAUGAUUUAAGAUAAUUAAAAUUUUAUCGAUGCAAUAUAUACUAUUUUGUUCAUGCAGUUGUAUUGUCUACUUUAACACACUCUUUAAGCUUUUUUUUUUAAAAGUAGAUACAUGUAUGCUGGGGUGGUAUUCUUAAAGCAUCUUAGUGAAAAAUUUCAACUAAGUGUUAACAUGCAUUUUUUCUCAGUUCAAAUUUUAGAAAAGUAAUAAUGCUUUACACCAAAAAUACGAAAAUAAGAAAGAAAAAAAAUCCAAAGAAAAGUCUAAAUAAUAAAUUCAUAUGAUUACAUUUGAUGAAAAAUAACAGGUAUUUAGAAUAUUUGUUGUUUAAAUUGUUCACUAAGAAACUUUAUAUAGACCACCCCUGGGAAUUUUUGUAACUUGUUUUUGCAUUUACAUGUUAUUCAUUAUCAGGCAUUUAAUAUCAUAAUGCAAGAAAAUAUUAAAUGGUUGUUUAAAAAAGUGUUUUUGUUACUAGUAUUCAAUUAAAAUAAUACCUCCAAUGUAACUGAAUAACAAAUAUUUUCAAUUCUAUAGAAAAACACUGUGUUUGUGUCAGUACAGCAUUUAUAGAAGUUUAAACAUGAGUUCAAAGGUGGCCUGUAAUAUAAAUCUGACUUCUAUUUUGUUAAUAAUGUAUUUUCACUUUGCUCCUUGUAACAGCCAGUUACAAUUGUUAUUAAUUUUGAAAAUAUAAAUGCUGAAUUGGUA